AUGAGAAUGGAGAACCAGAGCACUGUUUCCAACUUCCUCCUCCUGGGGCUUCCCAUCAGACCAGAGCAGCAGAAUGUGUUCUUCACCCUGUUCCUGGCCAUGUACCUGACAACUGUGCUGGGGAACCUGCUCAUCAUCCUGCUCAUCAGGCUGGACUCUCGCCUCCACACCCCCAUGUACUUCUUCCUCAGCUACUUGGCCCUCACAGACAUCUCUUUCUCAUCAGUCACAGCUCCAAAGAUGCUCAUGAAUAUGCUAAUGCACAGUCAGUCCAUCUCAUAUACUGGGUGCAUUUACCAGGCUUAUUUUUUCCUAUUUUUUGGGAGCACUGACUGCUUUCUUCUGACCUCCAUGGCCUAUGACAGGUAUGUGGCCAUCUGUCAUCCACUGUACUAUAUCACGGUCAUGAGUGAGAAGGUCUGUGUCUGCCUAGUCGCUGGGUCCUGGUUCAUUGGUUGUAUUCAUGCUCUGCUUCACACCCUCCUCUUGAUCCAACUGUCUUUCUGUGCCAGGAACUCUGUCCCCAACUUCUUCUGUGACCUCACUGCCCUCCUGAAGCUGAGCUGCUCAGACAUCUCCCUCAAUAAACUAGUCAUCUUCACUGAGGGAGGAUUGCUAUUCAUCCUGUCUCUGAGUAUCAUCAUGGGCUCUUAUAUUCUCAUAGGAAGCACUGCCCUGAAGUCCCCCUCCACAAAGAGACUGAUUAAAACCUUUUCUACCUGUGGCUCCCAUCUCCUUGUGGUGUCUUUGUACUUUGGGACACUUGCAGGUGAAUACUUUUUCUCUUCAUUCCAAAACUCCAGUGACAAAGACAUAGUUGCUUCUGUAAUUUACACAGUAGUCACACCCUUGCUGAACCCUUUCAUCUACAGCCUGAGGAAUAGAGAUAUAAAACAGGCUCUAGAAGUAGUUUUCACUCGGAUCAACCGUUUUAAGUGA